CGCAGAUUGAUCGUCGGCGCCGUCGUCGCGGUUCACUCUCAAUCGGAUUGGGAAGGUUGGGUGUAUUGUGAGUAGCUCGCCCGGCAUUUCGCAUCGAUUUCGAAGAGCACCGAUUUAAAAAUUACAUGACACUGUCAGGCAAACAACAACAACAGGUGAUCUUGACAGCGGCUGUCAGGUAAAUAUAUUGUCAGGUCAUCUAAGAAGGUGGUGCAAACAGCAGAAGAUGAUGGAUUACGCUCUCGAGGACGAGAUUCCGCAGGAGUUCAGAGGCGGAUCGCUGAGACUGAGCGAAGAGGAGAAGGCAGCGGCGGCGGCCGCUUCAGCCACGGCGACGUCCUCCACCGCCGGCGAUGGUUCCGAUAAAAGGAACGGCUGGAAGGACACCUUCUUCUCGCCGAUCACCCAGAAACUAACGGAGACGUUGAUGCCGAAAUGCCAGACGACGGCGAGCGUAAAUCCGGCUGCGGACCAGGGAAACGCUGCUGCCGCCGCUUCCGCCGCAACCGGAAACAACAUUCAAAGCAUCGAAUCGAUCAAGGGUGGCCUCCUGGAAACCGCCACAAAUUUCUUCACGUUCCGCAAGGGAAUCGUAGAUGGUGCUGCCAAAGAGUGUUCCGUGGAGUUGAUAGACCCGGAGGUGGAUGGAAAACCGCAAGCCACUUUUCUCCUCACCGAGAUAAAUCUGUGGGAUUCGGACAAGGAGAAGCUGAUCAUUCUCACCGACAAGUACAUCUUCAUAGUGAAGUACGAUUUUAUCGCGCUGAAGAUUUUAGAGCACAAGAAAAUCGCUCUGCACGAGUUGGACAACAUCGUCAUAGGCGAUCUGAUCUAUCCGUCCGGUUCCAUGGUUCCUCGCUUAAAUGGUUUGGCAGAUGGCGUCACCAACAUCCUGCAGACUUGCCUCUUCCAAGGCUGGUCGAAAACCGAGUCGGAGAGCUGCAGUUUUCAUCCCAGAGAUAGAAAUAUGCGCGGUGCGAGGAUGAUGUGGAACAAGGGUAAACCUUUAGGUUUCUCCGAGAAAUGGAAUCCGUUCAACAACACGAUUCCCUUCUGCACGUUAAGCUCUCAUCCAUUAUAUUUCCACGAAGAUUGCAUUCCGCCGCAGAAGAAGUUGUACGAUCUGGACGAGUUCAUAGAGAAGUUGAAGGACGUGAUGGGAUACCUGGAGGAGUCUCAGUUGAGUUGCACCAUCCACCACAAACCGAUCGUCCUUCAGAAUUACGUCGGCUUAAGUUCUCUGAUCCACAACAGAAACUCGCUUGGUUUCUUCAAGGUGCGCGGAAAAUUUAGCUUCUAAACGAUAUUUCUUUUCUUUUUUUUAUUUUCUUAUUCAUAAAACAAUUUUCGUUGUCGUUGUCGAAAAAAACAAAACAAAAUUGUUAUGUACACACCUAUUUCUAUACGGCUCCGCCCACCAACGCUAAUAAUAUCCGCCCACCAUUGCGGUUGAAACUCCCCCCCCCACCCACAAUCAGGGCGGGGCUCCAAACAAUUAUCGCUAUGGAAAUGAAAAGAGCGUAAAUUGAGAGAUUUUGUAUCCUAUUUUCUUUUUAUAUAUAUACAAAACUUUUAUUCAAAUGAAUCAAUCAUAUCUCGAUGAACCGAACCAACGAAUCAUGUUUUUUUUUUGUUCGCUUCACGCUGCUUGCGUGUGUUUUCAUUGUUUUGAAAAAAAAAACUUUUUAUGAUAUAUGAUAAUCGAAUUAGGGCCAACGAGGUGCCAAAGGUAACUAUAUAUAUAUAUA